ACGAACUCAGUAAGCACCGGCGUCAUUAAACUUGCUCGAAGUUUCCUUGCAUGUUUUUGAAAAUUUUGGUUGCACAAAGAAAUACAUAGAAAAAAAUAUACAAUAAAUAAAACAAAGAUGUCGCUCGAUGAGCUGAAAGCCGAUGUCGCAGAAUUAACCAAAUUAUUGGAGGAGGCGCAACGUGCGCGCGUUAAAGGCAUUCUUACGCAGGCCAAGGCGGAGGCUGAGCGUGAAAUUGUGAAUUUGGAGAUGAAGGCUCGCAUUGCAGCCGAACGGUUGGCCGCUGGCACUAAUGGCGGCGACGCAAAAAGAUAUCUCCAUGAGCUCACCGACUAUGGCUGGGAUCAGAGCGCGAAAUUUGUGAAGCUGUUUAUAACGCUGAAUGGUGUACAGAAUUGCUCAGAGGAUGAUGUCGUCAUAAACUACACGGAAACAUCCAUGCAAUUGCAUGUGCGUGAUCUGAAUGGCAAGGAUUAUGGGCUGACGGUCAACAAUCUGCUGCAUCCCAUCGAUAUUGAGAAGAGCUAUCGCAAACUGAAGACCGAUAUGGUGGCCAUUUACUUGAAGAAGGCCGACGAGGGCCAGAACUGGGAUGUUCUAACUGCCAUACAGAAGCGCCUGAAGCAAAAGCAAGACAGUGAUUUGGCUAAGGACGGCGAGAAUCCCGAGAACGCGCUCGUGAACAUCAUGAAGAAAAUGUACAAUGAUGGCGACUCAAAAACCAAGCAAAUGAUUGCCAAGGCUUGGACUGAGAGUCAAGAGAAAGCUCGUUCCGGUGGUAAUCCCGGAAACUUUGGCGAUCUAUAGAUCGACCGCCUCAACAAAUUUAAUUUAGUUUUAUAGUUAUCUUUUUUUCUUCUUGUGCUUACAAGCUAAGCUCCAAUUCCAAGCACGACGAAAAAUAAAACUUGUGCGCCACAUAAGUUAAAUAACAUA